AUGGGUUUGAACAAGUUCACAAAUUUGUUCUUCGUUUUGAUCAUAGUCUACUUUUAUUUUUUAGAUGUUGGUGUUGCCAUAGUCACCAUCACAUCAUCACAGUUCAUCAAGGACCCUGCAACUCUAACCUCCAACGGUGGUAACUUCACCUUGGGCUUUUUCAGCCCUCAAAAUUCUACAAAUCGCUAUGUGGGAAUUUGGUGGCAACCAAAAUUCACUGUCAUAUGGGUCGCUAACAGAAACCAACCACUGAAUGAUUCAUCUGGGGUUGUAACAAUAUCUGAAGAUGGCAACCUUGUGGUAUUGAAUGGACAGAAACAAGUUAUUUGGUCAUCAAAUGUGUCCCAUAUUGUAUCCAAUUCUAGUUCUCAACUUCUAGAUUCUGGGAACCUUGUACUGCAAGAAAGCUCAACAGGAAACAGCAUAUGGCAGAGUUUUGAGCAUCCUUCAGAUGCAUUAUUGGAGGGUAUAAAACUCACAAGCAACAAAAGAACAAGUGAGAAAGUAAAACUCACAUCAUGGAAAAGCCCUUCCGAUCCAUCCACUGGAAGCUUCUCUUUAAGUGUUGAACGCCUUAGUAUUCCUGAAGUGUUCAUUUGGAAUGAAACUAGACCAUAUUGGCGCUCUGGUCCUUGGAAUGGUAGGAUCUUUACUGGGAUACCAGCAAUGAAAGCUUUUUAUCUAGGUGGUUUCCGUGUUGGUGAUGAUGGGCAAGGAAGAAUUGUUCUCUCUGCUACAGAAGUUGAUGAGGUUGGUUUCAUAAUCUAUAUCUUGAAUUCUCAAGGAAAUUUUCAAGAGAAUUGGUGGGAUAGAGUGAAGAAAGAAUGGCAAGUAAGAUGGAAUAGUCAUGACUUGGAUUGUGAUGUUUAUGGUGUGUGUGGGCCUUUUGCAAGCUGUAAUUCUCAGAGCUCACCAAUAUGCAGCUGUUUGAGAGGGUUUGAGCCAAAGAACAUAGAGGAAUGGAAUAGAAAAAACUGGACUAGUGGAUGUGUUAGGAGCACACCACUACAAUGUGAAAGGACCAAUAAUCAAAACAAAAGUGUGGAUAGUAAUAAAGCAGAUGGGUUUUUGCCAUUGCAGAUGAUCAAAGUUCCUGAUUUUGCAGAUGGGUCAUCUCUCACACUUACAUCAGACACAUGCAGAAGUCAGUGUUUGGAGAAUUGCUCAUGCAUUGCAUAUUCAUAUGAUGCUAAUAUUGGUUGUAUGUCUUGGACUGAGAAUCUAAUAGACAUACAGCAAUUCUCAAAUGGAGGACUUGAUCUAUAUUUUCGUGUGGCCUACACAGAACUUGAUAAAGGGAGAAACAAGACAGUCAUCAUUACUAUAACAGUGACAAUAGGAACUGCCAUAAUUGUCACUUGUGCAUAUAUCAUGUGGAGAAGGAUUUCUAACCAUCAAGCUAGGAAAAAGAACAGUGAUGGAAUCCUACAAUUGAAUAGAGGUGAAUCACCUGCAGAAUAUACAAGUGCCAAUGUAAUCGGAGAACUAUCACAAGUUAAGCUCCAGGAGCUAUUAAUAUUUGAUUUUGGAAAGCUUGCAACUGCCACAAACAACUUUCACCCAUCCAAGAAACUUGGUCAGGGUGGUUUUGGUCCAGUACACAAGGGGGAACUGCAAGAUGGUCAGGAAAUAGCAGUUAAAAGACUUUCUAGAGCAUCUAGACAAGGUCUAGAAGAAUUCAUGAAUGAAGUAGCUGUGAUUUCUAAGCUUCAACACCGCAAUCUUGUAAAACUUCUUGGAUGCUGUAUUGAAGGAGAGGAAAAGAUGUUGAUAUAUGAGUACAUGCCAAAUAAAAGUUUGGAUGCAUUUAUCUUUGAUCCUUCAAAAAGUAAACUUCUUGAUUGGAGAAAACGAUUUAGCAUAAUAGAAGGAGUAGCACGAGGAUUGCUUUAUCUUCAUAGAGAUUCAAGGCUAAAAAUCAUACAUAGAGAUUUGAAGGCAAGUAAUAUCUUGCUAGAUGAGGAGCUCAAUCCAAAAAUAUCAGAUUUUGGUAUGGCUAGAAUAUUUGGAGGGAGUGAAGAUCAGGCCAAUACUAGAAGAGUUGUUGGAACAUAUGGCUAUAUGUCUCCUGAAUAUGCAAUGCAAGGAGUGUUUUCAGAGAAAUCAGAUGUCUUUAGCUUUGGAGUUUUGCUACUAGAGAUUGUUAGCGGAAAACGAAACUCAUGUUUCUAUAACGAUGAUAAUUCUCUGACCCUUUUAAUAUUUGCAUGGAUACAAUGGACAGAAGACAACAUUUUAUCUCUAAUUGAUCAAGGAAUAUAUGAUCCUAGCCUUAAUGAGCAUAUUAUAAGGUCAUUACACAUAGGACUUUUGUGUGUACAAGAAUUUGCUGCAGACAGGCCUAGUAUGGCUGCUGUAAUUUCUAUGCUUAACAAUGAGAAUCUUGAUCUUCCUUCUCCAAAGCAACCUGCGUACAUACAGAAUGUGUUGAGUUCAGGGUCCUCUGUAGCAAGCAAUGGAUUGUACUCCCUCAACACUGUUAGUGUUUCAGACAUCAGUGGCAGAUAG